CCGGUGCCAUGACCUUCGCCGAGCUCGUUGACCGCGUGGCCAGCAAAGGGCCCUUCCAGUUCCUGCACACAGUCCUGCUCGGCCUCCCGAUCCUGAGCAUGGCCAACCACAACCUGCUGCAGAUCUUCACGGCGGCCACCCCCGCCCACCACUGUCGCCCGCCACCCAACGCCUCCGCGGGGCCCUGGGUGCUCCCCAUGGGCCUGAAUGAGAAGCCUGAGCCGUGCCUCCGUUUUGUGUAUCCACCCAACGCCAGCCUGCCCAAUGACACCCAGGGGGCCACCGAGCCCUGCCUGGAUGGCUGGACCUACGACGUCAGCACCAGGGACUCCAUUGUGACUGAGUGGGACCUGGUGUGCAGCUCCAACAAACUAAAGGAGAUGGCCCAGUCUAUCUUCAUGGCGGGCAUACUGAUUGGGGGGCUCGUGCUGGGAGACCUGUCUGACAGAUUUGGCCGCAAGCCCAUCCUGACCUGCAGCUACCUGCUGCUGGCAGCCAGCGGCUCAGGCGCAGCCUUCAGCCCCACCCUCCCCAUCUACACAGUCUUCCGCUUCCUGUGCGGCUGCGGCAUCUCAGGCAUCACCCUGAGCACCACGAUCUUGAGUGUCGAGUGGGUGUCCACCCGGAUGCGGGCCAUCAAGUCGAUUUCACUCGGUUACUUCUACACCAGUGGCCAGUUCAUUCUGCCUGGCCUGGCCUACGCCAUCCCCCAGUGGCGUUGGCUCCAGUUAACCGUGUCCAUUCCCUUCUUUGCCUUCUUCCUGUUGUCCUGGUGGCUGCCAGAGUCCAUACGCUGGAUGCCUGUCUGGAAGGUCCUCCAAGGCCCUGAAGACAUUCCGGCAGGUGGCGGCCUUCAAUGGCAAAAGGAGGAAGGAGAAGCACUCAGCCUGGAGGAGAUCAAACUCAACCUGCAGAAGGAGAUCACCUUGGCCAAGGCCAAACACAGCAUAGCUGACCUGUUCCGGACACCCAUCCUGCGCCGUGUGACCUUCUGUCUUUCCCUGGCCUGGUUUUCCACCGGUUUUGCCUACUAUAGUUUGGCUAUGGGUGUGGAGGAAUUUGGCGUCAACCUCUAUGUUCUCCAGCUCAUCUUUGGUGGGGUCGAUGUCCCAGCCAAGUUCAUCACUAUGGUCUCCAUAAGCUAUCUGGGCCGGCACACCACGGAGGCCGUUGUUCUGCUCCUGGCAGGAGGAUGCAUCCUGUCUCUCAUCUUUGUGCCUUCGGACUUGUUGACCCUGAGGACAGUACUGGCUGUGUUUGGGAAGGGAUGCUUGUCCAGCUCCUUCAGCUGCCUCUUCCUCUACACGAGCGAGCUAUACCCCACUGUCAUCAGGCAAACAGGUAUGGGCAUAAAUAACCUGUGGACCCGCGUGGGAAGCAUGACGGCCCCACUGGUGAAAAUCACCGGGGAGCUGAAGCCCUUCAUCCCCAAUGUCAUCUUUGGGACCAUCGCCCUCCUGGGAGGCAGUGCAGCCCUCUUCCUGCCUGAGACGCUCAAUGGCCCUUGCCAGAGACUGUUGAAGACUUAGAAAACUGGUCAGUCCCCUGUUUCUGGCCCCACCAGUCCUCCUCCUUGGGGAAGCCCAGGGCUUUUCCUGAGCUCUCUUUCCCUAGGUCUGCAGGCAAAGGAGCCAAAGCAGGAGCCAGAAGCGGAAAACGCAUCCCAGAGGAUCCCUCUGCAGCCUUGUGAACUGGGCCUGGGCCCCAACUGAAGGCAACAGACCCUCCUUUCCCUGCCCUCCAGAGACUAAUCCCAGCCAGGUCCUUGCCUGUUUCUGGGCUCCACAGGCACCUUGGGGAGGGUCCUGGGUGCAACUAUGCUUCUAGGACACAGUCCUCUGAGAGCUUGGUGGAGUUAUCUCCACCACCACCGGGGCUCCCCAACCCAGCCCUGGCCAGUUCAAAAGUUUGGCCACAGGCCUUUGCACACCCCACCUUGCCCUCACCCUCCCUGCAGCCCAGGCCCUGCCAUUCUUCUGUCCAGCCCUUCCCCACUGACCACUUCCCCCAUUGUUCCCACUCCCUUCCCCUUCUUGCUCCCACCCGUUUCUUCAA